UUUUUCUGACAGUGAUAUUUCUGGUCGCCAUUUAUUAUUUGAUAGAAGGUGGAGAAAUGGAAUGUACAUCACCAAUGAUAUUGAAGAUAAUGCUCUGAUAAAACAAAACUCCACAAUACCUCUACCCUCUCAGGAGUUUCAUGUUUAUCGGUCUCACAAUUUUACUAGAUUUGCCUACCGCAACGAAUUUUCUCAGAGCAACCCAAAGCCACUUAUUUUUGGGUCUGACUAUCUUACCUCAUUUCCAUCAGUUCUGUUACCAUCCACAACUCCAUCUGCCAAUGAAAGUCACUUUUUAUCUCUAAACUAUAAAAACAGAGCUCGUCUCUUCACUGUUGGUGCUAUCAAAAAACCUCAGUCCUACCCCGAUCCACUCCUGAGCGCCUCUGCCUCUUUCAUUCAGAGGCUCACGGAGAUCUCUUCUCUGGAGGCGGACACGGUCCGACAGGAGAAAAUUAAGAGACUCAAAAAGAUCAAUAGGCUGGACUCUUAAUCGGAGUUCAUUAGCCAAAGAGGAAGCACAUUGCCCCUAAAUUCACAACUGUGCCAAGGCUGU